AUGUCUCGAAUGUUGUCUAUUCUCUACCUCUACGUAUUGGGUCUUCUCGCUGGUACCUCUGAACUUCGCGCUUUUGCGACAGAGGUCAGCCAUGGCGCGCAGUACUACGGUAACGAGACCAACCUCGUUUUAUCAGAGGAUUUGAAUUCACCAUUCCCCUAUGAUUUCCCCAAUUACAAACAUCUUGACAAUCUUUUCCCUAUGCCGGCAUGCAAUGGUCUUGUUCUGGAAGAGGCUACUGUUGAUUAUUUGCAGAAUGCUAUGAAGGAGGGCCAAUUGACGAGUACAAUGAUAGCGUUGUGUUACUUGCAACGGAUAUACCAGACGAAUGAAUACACAAAUGCAAUACUAGAGCUAAACCCAGACGUUCUUGAAAUCGCAUCAACUCUUGACGCUGAGCGAGAAGUUGGCCAAAUCCGCGGUCCACUGCACGGCAUCCCUUUCAUCGUCAAAGACAAUAUUGCCACCAAGGAUAAGAUGGAAACCACUGCCGGCAGUUGGGCGCUUCUAGGGUCAAUCGUUCCACGUGAUGCUCAUGUCGUGGCUAGACUCCGGCAGGCAGGUGCGUUGCUUCUUGGAAAGGCCACACUCAGCGAAUGGGCGGACAUGCGCAGCAGUGAGUACUCAGAAGGAUACUCAGCGAGAGGAGGGCAGGCAAGAAGUCCAUACAAUUUGACUGUCAAUCCUGGUGGUAGUAGCUCUGGGAGUGCUGGUGCUAUAUCUGGGAACUUGUGUAUGUUUGCUCUGGGGACUGAGACCGACGGAAGUGUCAUCAAUCCUGCGGAGAGGAAUGCCUUGGUAGGCAUCAAGCCCACUGUGGGCUUGACAUCUCGCGCUGGUGUCAUUCCAGAAAGUACUCACCAAGAUACCGUCGGUACGUUUGCCAGAACUGUUCGAGACGCUGUCUAUACACUUGACGCAAUUUACGGCAUCGAUCUCCGUGACAACUACACUCUGGGCCAAGAGGGUAAGGUACCCCCGGGUGGCUACAGCCAGUUCUUAACCAAUAGCCGUGCGCUCCAAAACGCUACCUUCGGACUACCAUGGCAAAGCUUCUGGACUCUGGCAAGCGAAGAGCAGCAGGCCUCUCUGCUUGGACUCAUAGAACUCAUAAGAGGCGCCGGUGCCACUGUAAUUAAUGGAACUGAGCUGCCGAAUCAUCAGACUACUGUAAGUCCUGAUGGUUGGAACUGGGACUAUGGAACAACUCGAGGAUAUCCAAACGAAUCCGAGUUCACUUAUGUAAAGGUGGAUUUCUACAACAACAUUAAGACAUAUCUUGCCGAGCUUCAAAACACCGACGUUAGAUCCCUUGAGGAUAUUGUUCAAUACAAUUAUGAUAAUGAUGGAACUGAGGGUGGCACGCCGAACGUCCAACCCGCAUUUGCUUCAGGGCAAGACAGCUUCCUGGCGUCGCUUGCUACCAGAGGUAUCAUGAAUUCAACCUACUACGAGGCUUUGUCAUUCUGUCAACGAUCCACAAGAGAAGAUGGCAUCGAUGCUGCUCUGAAAAACAACGGCAGGCAACUUUCAGCGCUGUUGGUCCCUCCUGAUGUCGCACAGACAUAUCAAAUUGCUGCUCAAGCUGGCUACCCAAUGAUCACGCUCCCCGCAAGCGUCAACUCCUCAACCGGAAUGCCAUUCGGUCUUGCACUCAUGGGCACCGCAUGGUCUGAGGCCGAGCUUGUGAAGUGGGCUAGUGCGAUCGAGGAUUUGCAGCUCAAAUGGAAUAGCACGUAUGGGAGAUCGAAGCCGAAAUGGUAUGGUUAUAAGCAGAGGAAUAUCCCUGUGUUGAAUCUUUGA